CUUCUUUGCUCAUUAGAAUUUAUCCGAAAUAUAUCGAAAAUAUCGAUUGGACAAUCGCACGUUACUUCCUGAAAUGCCUUCAAACGAGGAGCUCAGAGAGUGAGAUUUAUUUUGACAAGUGCAAGAAUGGACUAGCUUAUUUUCUUUGAUUCUUCAACGAUUUUUCAAAGUGUUCGUGUUGGUGAUAUGUCCAGAAGAAAGCAGGCGAAGCCACGAUCCUUAAAACGGGACGAAGAGUGGGAUGAUGCCAACGAACAGAAUGUCCUGGAGGCGUCUGAACAGGAUAACGAAACUGCUCCGAUUAAACCCGAGGAUGAAGACGAGGAAGAAGAAGAAGAAUUACAACGAGCUUUUAGUCGACAUUCCGAAGAUUAUUUGCAAGACGGUAGACCAUCGUCCGUACAGGGGCCAGAUCUGGAAAAUCAGAAUAGCCUCGACAGCGAGGCUUUGGGUACCGGAAGUUCCUCUUGGCACAGCGAAGAUGGCGGACCAAGUUCUCGAAGAGGAAGAGAAACGCCAUCCUCUUGCGCUACGCCAACUUCUGCCAGUUUUCCGUCGGAGCCAGAAAUCGAUGGGGAAGUUGGAAUUGGUACCGACGGUAACAAUCCAACUGCACCUUAUCCUUGCCAAUUCUGUGAUAGGACUUUUCCACGAUUGAGUUAUCUCAAGAAACAUGAACAAAGCCACGGUGACCAAAUGCCGUACAGAUGCAGUUGGUGUGAGAGAUUGUUCAAGCAUAAGCGGAGCAGAGAUCGUCAUGUGAAGCUGCACACAGGGGAUAGAAGAUAUCGGUGUUCUCAUUGUGAGGCAGCCUUUUCUAGGAGCGAUCAUUUAAAAAUCCACAUGAAAACUCACGACACACAAAAGCCAUACCAGUGUACAGCGUGUUCAAGAGGAUACAAUACAGCAGCCGCAUUGACUUCUCACAUGCAAUCGCAUAAAAAACAUCACCAAGGAACGAGUCACAAUAGCAACAAGCUUCAAGAUUCGGAUUAUGGCAGAAGAAGCGUUUCUUCUCACAGUACUUCUUCUCCGCCGGUACCGAGUUCGCCCUCGCCUUCCUUAAACUUAAGUUUAAAUCCGAAAAAUACCUUGAAGACACCACUAGGAACUUCUUGUAGCGCCUCGACAACGCCGAUAUUAAGUUCCCCAUUGAAAUUGGCUUGUAUGUAUUGCACAAGAGAUUCCUUUAGUUGUAUGCAACAAUUACAAAUGCAUGUUCACACGAUGCACCAAGCGAUUCUGAGCGGAGAAAAUCUUGUGGUAGCACCGUCCCCAAAUAGGACGACUGAUUCGGCUGUCGAUUGUUCCCGUGAUAAAACAUUGGAUCGAACCGAUAAUAAUUCCAAGGAUCAAGAGAAAAAGUAUGACGAAAGAUCGUUGGAAAAGGAUUAUAAAAAUACUUUUACUUGUUGCCAAUGUACCAUGAAAUUUUCGAGUUUAGCUACGUUAAGAGAUCAUUUGAUUUCUAUACAUAGAACCGAUGCUUUUGGUACGUCAUUGAUAAUGUGUCCUCUUUGUGGUAUACCAUGUAGCUCUGCAGCAGCUUAUGCUGAACAUUACGUUCUUCAACAUUGUGAGAAUCGUCGAAUAGCUCCACAAAAUCCUCAAGAAUAUAUGGAUCCAAAAUUGAAUGGAGUUUACGAUACGAAAAGUAUGAUAUUACAAAAGAAUAGAGAACAACCUUCGAUAGAACCAGCAGAUCUUACUAGCAAACACCUUAAAUCCUCUGAGAGCAAUUACACUUCUAGUACACUUCUUUGUGGUCAAUGUGGUGCAGCUUUGAAGGAUUUUGAAUCUUUCCGAGAACACGUUGCUAGACACUUGCAAGCUGAUCAACGAAACGAAAUAGCGAGAUACCUCUGUCCAAAAUGUGAUACGAGUUUUCAAGAUAGAGAAGAUAUGUUAGCACAUUUAACGAAGCAUUAUUUGGGCCAAAUUAGUAAGGAAUACGCUUGCUCUGCUUGCAAGAAGCUCUAUCCGCAUCCAGAUUUACUUCAAAGGCAUCUUUUAGAUAGUCAUGCUAAUCAUCUUUACAGGUGUGCACUUUGCAGAGAUACCUUUGAUUCUAGGGUAGCGAUUCAAGUACAUUUUGCUGUUAAGCAUAGUCAAGAAUGUAGAAUAUACAGAUGUAAUGCUUGUACAAUACCAAAUAAUGAAAAUUCACCUGGAAGUGUACCCGCUGAAGGUCGAAGUUUCUUCAGAAGCGAAAGCGAGAUGGCUAAUCAUGUUAGAAACGUUCAUGCGCCACCAGCCGUGAUGAACAAUAGUCCAGUUGUCACAAGUCCAGCUUCUACGCCAGGAAUGACAGUCAAUUCUGGACCGAGAUGUGUCUUUUGCGGAAUCUACUGUAGCUCCGAACUCGAAUUACAGCUUCAUUUGGCAAGCCAUUCGACUAGUCUUUAUAGAUGUCCUAUUUGCAGAGAAGGCUUUGCUGUUGAAUUCUUAUUGGAUAGACAUAUUACUCAAGUACAUCAUACUGGCGAACAUCAAUUAAAUGUUCGAAAUAAUUCACGAGAAAAUGGACGGCUUCAUCGUCAGGCUAGAUCUCAAGAAGAAGUCAAAUCGCAGAAGAGAGGACGUUCGCCAGCGUCGAGUAACAACAACUCUUUGAAUCAACGUGACAAUAACAACAAAAGGCCAAACUUCGGUGCAUCGGGAGGACAACAAUGUGAGCUAUGCGAGCGUGGUGAAUUCGCAAACGAAGCUGAACUGCAAGCUCACAAAAAGUUAGCUCACGCAUCUUCAAAAGUUCCAAGCAAAAGUUCUUUAUCAAGUCUGAGCAUGACUUGUGCUUAUUGCGGGGAAGUCUGUCGAUCAAGAAACGAGCUGGAAUCUCAUAUGAGAAUGCAACAUACUUCGACCGAGCCUGGUGGUCGACACAAGUGUAAUAUAUGUGACGAAGUCUGUCCCUCGGGCGCUAUUUUAGCUGAGCACAAGCUUCAGAAACAUUGUAAGAUUCAAUUAAGCGAUACUUGUGUCGUUUGUCGUGGAAAUUUAUCAAACGAAGCAUUAUUCCUUGAACAUGUACAAAGACACAGCUUAGAAAAUGUAGAUCCUCAACAAAGGCUGGACAAUUCUUUGCCUCAUCUUCCAGCACCAUGCGUUGUUUGUAGACAAACUCUUAUCAGCGAUUUGGAAUGUCGUCUUCAUGCUCGUCAUCAUCUUAGAACAUUCACUAGUUCGCCAAAUACGAGUUCCAGUCCAAGUCCUAAACAAAAACUACUCAAUCCAAGUUGUUGCCUUUGCCUACGAGAAUUCUCUACCGAAGAUUUUGUCACCCUUCCUCCCAAUCACAUCAGUGGAGGACAAUCUCUUAAAGUCUGUAAAUCUUGCUAUGUGAGGUAUUCCCAAGGUCUACCAAUUCUGAGUUCACCUUAUGAACAUGUUCGUAAUGCUAAGUGCGAACGUUCUUGGAUCCCUAAUAAAGAUCUACAAUGGAAUGGUUCCAAAGAUAGAUGGGAUUCUGAUCGUAGUUUUAAAACUGAAAAUCGUUCGAUUAAUGAUCCGAAUGGCGAUACUAAAAGGUGUGAAGAGUGCGGGGUGAAAUUUGAAAAUCCUGAAGAAGCAAAAAAGCACAAAAUUACUUUACAUAAUAAAACAUACGAUAAUGAAUCCAAUACGUACACGUGCAUACAAUGCCAGAUGUCAUUUCCAAGUGAAACUAUGAUACAGCAACACGUAACUAAAGAACAUUUAGAAGUAUCAGGAAAAGGAACUGUUGAUACUUUGAGAUGUCAUUUAUGUCUGUUCGAAGCAAAUAGUCCUCUCCAAUUGCAGAGCCAUUUGAUAGAGCAUACGUUUGCUGGAUGUGCUGCUCUCAAUUGUUAUAUCUGCCAAGCUCUUUUCACCGUGCCUAUUGCUCUGCAGAAUCAUAUGUUGCAAGAACAUGGUUUGAAUGCACGGCCUUACGAUUGUUCUAAAUGUACCUCAAAGUUCUUUUUCAAAGCUGAAUUAGAUCAUCACAUAAUAACGUUCCAUCGUAUCGAAGAAAAUUCUACAAUAUCUGAAACAGUGAAAGAGAUGAUAGGAGAAACGAAAAAUCCAAUUAAUAAUGAGGAUCGUAAAUUCGAUGAAAAUAUUACGAUAAAAGAAGAAUUAUUACAAGAAACUGAGGAAGAGGAGGAAGAAGAAGCAGCGGAAGAAGAAGAAGAAGGAGAUGAAGAAGAAGAAGAAGAAGAAGACGACGACGAAGAAGUUAACGUGGAUGGACAAUUUGAACAAGACAAGAUGGCUAAAGAAGAAUCAGCGCAAAAAAAAACAGUUUUGAAAACGGAAGUCAAUAAACAGAUAGAAUCUGAAAAAGUAGAAACGUGAUUCUUUAAAUUAAAGGAUAUAAUUUGUUAAAAACGAAUGAUUAUAGCAAGACAAAGUUUUGUUAUAUCUCGUUUCUCCUUUUUUUUUUUUUUUAUUGCGAAUACGUGUUCAUUAUUAUUAUUUUGCUAAACCUUAUAACGAAUAGGUAACAUUCCUUUUUUUCGAUAAUAUUUCUCAUGUAUUUGAGACAAUCUGUUUACAAAAAAUAUACUGUUGCUAAAAGAUUGUAACGUUUGCAUAACUUUAAAUAUCUUGUUAUUAUUAAGAUAAUCAUAUAUAAACUGUGUGAGUAUCUUCUGAGAAAACUCUUCUCAUCUAAGUCGUUACGUUUAAUAUUAAUGUUAUGUUACUUGUAAUACAAGACUUACAUAAAUUUUACGUUAGAUUUGGGAAUAUGUAAUUAUCACGUUAAGUUUAAAAAUGCUAGUGUUAACGAUUGUAACACUAAUUGAUUGUUAUUAUCAAUGCUUUAUUAAAAUGAUUAUGUUGUUGUUGCUUUCAUUCUAAUUUACAUACAAAUACUAAUUGUAUUAACAUAAAAUACUAUUACUAAUCUACACAACACACACACAAAUCAGCUGUAAUAUAAAAUACAUCUCAUGUUUCUCUGCUAAAAUCGAAAAUUCUAUAGUAGAGAAAGAUUAUGUCAUAACGAUAACAUAAUCUGUAUAUAGGCAUAUAAUAUUAUUAGAAAAAUAUUUAAAAAAACUCUUUCAAUUAUUAACUUUUAAGAAAAUGCAAUAACCUGUCCAAUAAACUUAAAAAAUACAAUAAGAUAGAUCAAUAGCGAAAAUAAAUUAUUGUUUUCAAUCUUA